AUGGAACCCAUGAAUGUUUGUCCCAAUAACGUUAAUAGUGCAUUUGUUGGACCUGAUGGGAAAGUCCAGAAAUUCCCAUUAACACAGAAGGAAAAAGAUAUGUAUGCUUCGCAGCGUGCUCUUGAACUAAGAAAAUUCUAUGACCCUUAUCAAGCAGAUAUAAAUCCACACUCUUCUGAGGACACGUUAAAUGGUCGCCUCAACUCUGAUGGAGCACUCGAUUCUUAUGCCGAGGUUGCUAUAUGGCGGUUAGGGGGUGUUCAUUCUAUGAUCAGUAGUAUCAUCGAUGGCUCUACCCAAUACUUUAUUGCAGGAGCACGACGCGAUAAAUCCUCACCUGAUGAUGAUAUUGUUAAUGAUGCAUGGUUCGGUUGUUUUCAAGUGCCAACGCCAGGUGGGCUUUGUGAGAACACCUUGGCCAUUAGUAAUGCUGAAGAGGAUCCCUAUCCUUGUUUCAUUAUCGAUGAUCUGACCAAGGAUCCAAGGUUUGCCAAUCUAUCAAUAGUAGAUGGAUCUUUAGCUUCAUAUGUGUGGUAUGCUGGAGCUCCAAUUACUACCAAAAAUGGUAUAAACAUUGGUGUUUUAUGUGUCUUCGGCGAUCGUCCCAUCACCGGGUUGAAUUUGGAGAGGAGAAAAUUCCUAUAUCAUCAAGCAAACAAUAUCAUGAAAUACAUGGAAACGCAACGUGAGGCUAUCGAAAGACACCGAGUUGCGCUCAUGUCAAAAGGAAUUGCUACCUUUCUAGAAAGAACUUCUCGUUAUACCAGCAGUGGUUUUGAUGAUCCAUACAGCUCAAAGGAAGUAGUUGACGAUGUGACUAACAAAUUCAUCCCCGACGAGACUGAUACCCGACGAGAUGAUUGGCAAAGUGGACAUUCUAACAUGUCAAAUCAACCACACCAGUCUUCGGAAUCUGUACUCGAUCAGAUACGGAUAACUUUAGACCACGCUGCUGAGAUUCUUCGAGAAUCUCUUGAACUUAGCGUCGGGGGUGUUGUAUUUUUAGACACGACCACUGGUCAUAGUACAGCGGGAAAUAUGGAUGCUUACUUGGAUACAAGCACUGAUUUAGGUAUGGAAGUGAAGCAGGCUGAAUCGAGGAAAUCAUCCGUCCCUAAUGGAGAACGGCCAAACUAUGAAGAUUACCGAAGAAGGUUAUCUCAAGGUACAAUACGGACUUCGACAGAUAAGCAUAAACCGGCAAAGAUUCUUUCCAUGUCAGCAGCGAAAGUUGCAACUUGGGACUCGGAAGCCCAUGUCUUGGAUGGAAAAACCAUUCAAUCAUUGAUUAAUUCCUACCCAAAAGGAAAUGUUUGGUAUAUUGACGAUAAUGGCUAUUUCUCAAGUUUAGAGCAAAUUAACGACCGAAAACACGUGCCUUCCAACAGUAAUUGCCCAACCGAAAAACCUCGAACAUCUAAUAAUUUCGAUGCUACUAAGCAGGAAGCUGAAGCAAUUAUGCUUGCCAAGGUAUUCCACAAAGCAAGACAAAUAAUAUUCCUUCCUCUUUGGGAUUCUGCUGGAGAGAGAUGGUAUUCAGCCACAUUUGUUUGGAGUCAAUCGGCAGUUCCUGUUUUUACAGUAAAUAACGAGAUAUCUUACCUGUCUGCAUUCACAAGCUCGGUCAUGGUGGAAAUUAGUCGAUUGGAUGCAUUGAUUUCCAACAAGAUGAAGUCCGACUUUAUUAGCAGCAUUUCUCAUGGAAUUCGUCUCAACAAUUCAAAAUUGCAGUGGAACUCUUUUGGAUCCUUCUCGAGCGAGCUUCAUCAAGUAACUAAUGUAGCUUUGUUAUGCGAGGAUACAAUUAAUGGAAUGAUUGCUGCUAAUCACUUUAGAAGUGUUGCUCCAAUGUAUAAUUUGGCACUUUCAAAUGGUUCAACAAACGACAAAAACAAUAUUUCGCCAAAUGAAAGCGCAGCACCAUUGCAAAUUAUUUUAGAUUUUGAAAUGCGGGAUUGGACUUACAAAGUUCAUGCUGGUGCGAUACAACGUAUUUUAAUGAACGUCUUUGGUAAUUCGCAAAAAUACACAGACAAGGGUUAUGUUCAAGUACAAUUACAAUUACAGCAGCGGACAACUGUUACAGAUAUUCCGGCUUCAACAUCACACCAUACGGGAGACUUCAUGUGCUUGCGUAUUAAAGAUUCUGGCAGAGGAAUGUCGACCGAAUACAUGGAACGUAAACUUUACCAUCCAUUUGCUCAAGAGAAUAGUUUUACUCCUGGUGUUGGUUUGGGACUUUCUAUUGUCUGGAGCAUCGUAAAACAAUUGGGUGGUACUAUUGUAGUACAUAGUGAGUUAGGCAUAGGAACUGAUGUCGAGGUUCUCAUACCCGUGGAAAAAGCAGAGCCUCCUUCGUAUGACGAUGUAAUGAGUGGAGAUACUGUUGAUACUACCGAUGUCAGGAUCGCCGCCGAAAAAGCCAUGAGAUCACUUCGCGAUAGAGCAGCUGGAAAAGUAAUCUCUUUCGAUCGUGGCCAGCUUACAUCCCCACAGAAUCAUGCUUGGGACUGUAUCCAAAAAUACUGCUCCGAGUGGUAUGGGUUCGAUAUAAGAAAAUCUGCUGGAAGUCCACAGACUGAAGAUUUACUUCUUAUUAAUGAGACAUCUAAAUUUCCAGAAUGCUCCCCUUGUCAAAGAAUAUUAGUGAUUCAUGCCGCAAUGAGUUAUCCGAUUAUCAAUAGGCAAGAUAAUCAGCAUUUUAUUGCCCAUAUUUCACAACCAAUAGGACCUUACAGACUCGCUCGAUCAAUUCUUGCUUUACUUGAACAGACGAAUAGCGAACCACGCCACAGGGAUGCCACUACACAAACACCCCUUGGAUCACCAGGAGAGCGUUUUGAUAAUGAAAUGGGAGAAUACAGUUUCUUGCCACUACAAGAGCCAGAACCAAAUGCAACACAUGAAGUAACCCUCAGCUCAGCAAAUCAAAAAAUUCGUGAUGAAUUUGCUGAGUCCUUGAAAAGGCUCGAGCAACUUCAACUACAAGCACCUCCUACUGCUCCACCUGAGCCGGUACCUGGACCCCCAAUCCCUCAGCGUAUAUCCUCGAAACAAGGACCUCCAAUUUCACCUCCGCCGCCUAAAGCCCCUAAAGUCGCCCCAGAAAACACGCCGCUUCGUAUCCUGGCUGUCGACGACAAUGCACUCAAUCUUCAAUUAAUACACCGUUACCUCCAAAAACGCAAAAUAGACACCAUAGUCAACGCGAGGGAUGGUUUAGAAGCAGUGGCGGCUGUCAAGGCAUCGGAACAUGGUUUUGAUGUUAUAUUUAUGGAUAUCUCAAUGCCUAACAUGGAUGGAUUCGAAGCCACAAGAUUGAUUAGAGAUUUGGAAGCGGAAAGGGAAAUCUGUGUAGGGUUAAAUGAUUUGGCGGCUUGGGGUGAAUGGAGAGAAGAUGGAAGCGAGAGGAAGGUUUAUGAGGUGAAACAAAGGGAUAGAGCGUAUGUGGUUGCAAUGACGGGUUUGGGAAGUCAGAAAGCGAGAGAUGAGGCGGAUAGGAGUGGGUUUGAUGAUUUUUUGACGAAACCGGUUAAGUUACCGAAGGUGGGGGAGUUGUUGAAGAGAUUGAGUUGUGAGAAGGCGGAUAGGUUGUAUGGGAAUGCGGCGUUGUAA